AUGCAGCGCUGCUGGGGAUCCAGGCGUCCCCAUCUACUGGGCUCUGCUCCGCGGUCACCCCUCCUCCCGGUUGGGACAGUUGGAACUCUGCCAUUGUCCAACAUGCUGCGAUUCAGUCUCUCACCCACCUUUUCGAUGGGAUUUCAUGUGUUAGUCAUGGUGGCUCUCUUGUUUUCCCACGUGGAUCAUAUAAGCGCUGAGACAGAAAUGGAAGGAGAAGGCAAUGAAACCAGCGAGUGUACUGGCUCCUAUUACUGUAAGAAAGGGGUGAUUUUACCCAUUUGGGAGCCCCAAGACCCUUCCUUUGGGGACAAAAUUGCUAGAGCGACUGUGUAUUUUGUGGCCAUGGUCUACAUGUUUCUCGGAGUCUCUAUCAUUGCCGACCGAUUCAUGUCCUCUAUAGAAGUCAUCACGUCUCAAGAAAAAGAAAUCACCAUAAAGAAACCCAAUGGAGAGACCACCAAGACAACUGUGAGGAUCUGGAAUGAGACGGUGUCCAACCUGACCUUGAUGGCCCUGGGAUCUUCAGCUCCAGAGAUUCUCCUUUCAGUAAUUGAGGUGUGUGGCCAUAACUUCACUGCAGGAGACCUCGGUCCUAGCACCAUUGUGGGCAGUGCCGCUUUCAACAUGUUCAUCAUUAUUGCGCUUUGUGUUUACGUCGUCCCAGAUGGGGAGACGAGGAAGAUUAAGCAUUUGCGUGUGUUCUUUGUGACAGCAGCCUGGAGCAUCUUUGCCUAUACCUGGCUUUACAUCAUUUUGUCUGUCAUCUCUCCUGGGGUCGUGGAGGUCUGGGAAGGUUUGCUUACUUUCUUCUUCUUUCCCAUCUGUGUUGUGUUCGCUUGGGUGGCAGAUAGGAGGCUUCUGUUUUACAAGUAUGUCUACAAGAGGUACCGGGCUGGCAAGCAGAGGGGAAUGAUUAUUGAACAUGAAGGAGACAGGCCAUCUUCCAAGACAGAAAUUGAGAUGGAUGGGAAAGUGGUCAAUUCCCACGUUGACAGUUUCUUAGAUGGUGCUCUAGUUCUGGAAGUCGAUGAGAGGGACCAAGAUGAUGAAGAAGCCAGGCGAGAAAUGGCUAGGAUUCUGAAGGAACUCAAGCAGAAGCAUCCGGAGAAGGAAAUAGAGCAAUUAAUAGAAUUAGCCAACUACCAAGUCUUAAGUCAGCAGCAAAAAAGUCGAGCAUUUUACCGAAUUCAGGCUACCCGCCUGAUGACCGGAGCGGGCAACAUUUUAAAGAGGCAUGCAGCUGACCAAGCCAGGAAGGCCGUCAGCAUGCACGAGGUCAACACGGAAGUGGCUGAAAAUGACCCUGUCAGUAAGAUCUUCUUUGAACAAGGAACAUAUCAGUGUCUGGAGAACUGUGGUACGGUAGCCCUGACCAUUAUCCGCAGAGGUGGUGAUUUGACCAACACUGUGUUUGUUGACUUCAGAACAGAGGAUGGCACAGCCAAUGCCGGGUCUGAUUAUGAAUUUACUGAAGGAACUGUGGUCUUUAAGCCUGGUGAGACUCAGAAGGAAAUCAGAGUUGGCAUCAUCGAUGAUGACAUCUUUGAGGAAGAUGAGAAUUUCCUUGUGCAUCUCAGCAACGUCAAAGUAUCUUCCGAAGCCUCGGAAGAUGGCAUCCUGGAAGCCAAUCAUGUCUCUACACUCGCUUGCCUGGGAUCUCCCUCCACUGCCACCGUGACUAUUUUUGAUGAUGACCACGCAGGCAUCUUUACUUUUGAGGAACCUGUGACUCACGUGAGUGAGAGCAUUGGCAUCAUGGAGGUGAAAGUAUUGAGGACAUCUGGAGCACGCGGAAAUGUUAUCGUUCCCUAUAAAACCAUUGAAGGGACAGCCAGGGGCGGAGGGGAGGACUUUGAGGACACGUGCGGAGAGCUCGAGUUCCAGAACGAUGAAAUUGUGAAGAUCAUUACCAUUAGAAUAUUUGACCGUGAGGAAUAUGAGAAAGAGUGCAGUUUCUCCCUUGUGCUUGAGGAACCAAAAUGGAUAAGAAGAGGAAUGAAAGCCCUGUUAUUGAAUGAGCUUGGUGGCUUCACAAUAACAGAGGAAUGUGAUGACAAGCAGCCGCGGACCAGCAAAGAGGAGGAGGAGAGGCGCAUUGCGGAAAUGGGGCGUCCCAUUCUGGGAGAGCACACCAGGCUGGAAGUGAUCAUUGAAGAAUCCUAUGAGUUCAAGAGUACCGUGGACAAACUUAUUAAGAAGACAAACCUAGCCCUCGUGGUUGGGACAAACAGCUGGAGAGAGCAGUUUAUCGAAGCGAUCACUGUCAGUGCUGGGGAAGAUGAUGACGACGAUGAAUGUGGGGAGGAGAAGCUGCCCUCCUGCUUCGAUUACGUGAUGCACUUUCUGACUGUGUUCUGGAAGGUUCUCUUCGCCUUCGUCCCCCCUACAGAAUACUGGAAUGGCUGGGCGUGUUUCAUCGUCUCCAUCCUCAUGAUUGGCCUACUGACGGCUUUCAUCGGAGACCUGGCUUCCCACUUUGGCUGCACCAUUGGUCUGAAGGAUUCCGUGACCGCGGUAGUGUUCGUCGCGCUUGGAACCUCGGUGCCAGACACAUUUGCAAGCAAAGUGGCCGCCACCCAGGACCAGUACGCAGAUGCAUCCAUAGGUAACGUCACAGGCAGCAACGCAGUGAACGUCUUCCUGGGAAUUGGCGUGGCCUGGUCCAUCGCUGCCAUCUACCAUGCAGCCAACGGGGAACAGUUCAAAGUGUCCCCCGGCACGCUGGCUUUCUCCGUCACUCUCUUCACCAUUUUUGCUUUCAUCAAUGUCGGGGUGCUGCUGUAUCGGCGGAGGCCAGAAAUCGGAGGUGAGCUGGGUGGGCCCCGGACUGCCAAGCUCCUCACAUCCUGCCUCUUUGUGCUCCUGUGGCUCUUGUACAUUUUCUUCUCCUCCCUGGAGGCCUACUGCCACAUAAAAGGCUUCUAA